AUGAAGACUUUUAGUUGGAAUGUGAGGGGUUUAAACAGUACGGAUCGACAGAGAGUUGUUAAGGAUUGGAUAAGAAGUGGUCGUUUUUCAGUUGGGGCUAUUAUUGAGACUCGUGUUCGAGAGGCAAAUGCUGUUGUGGUGGUUGAGGCAGUAGUACCAGGAUGGAGAUAUGAGACAAAUUAUUCAGGAUCAGAAGGAGGGCGUAUUUGGGUGGUUUGGGACCCAGCGAUCUCGGUUGUGGUUUACAGUAAAUCAGAGCAGAUGGUGGUUUGUGGUGUGUUUGAACCGGAGACAAGUUUGUCUUUUACAGCAAUCUUUGUCUAUGGUUACAAUACAGAGAUUCAACGAAGGAGUCUGUGGGAGGAGUUGGUUACGGUUUCGGGAUUGAGUUUGGUUAAAGAGCUCCCCUUACUUGUUUUGGGAGACUUUAAUCAGAUUCGGUCAGCGUCAGAGCACUUUUCUAUUGCUUCCUAUAAUCUCCCGGUGAGUGGGAUGGGGGAGUUGCAGGAGUGUUUGGUGGAUUGUGGGUUGGAUGACUUAGAAACGAGAGGGGUUUUCUUCUCUUGGUCUAACGAAAGACCAGAAGAUCCUAUUCUUAGGAAACUUGACAGAGCGUUGGGGAAUGAUUCUUGCCGGCAAAGUUUUCUAGAUACAGUAGAGAUGUUUGAAGCUCCAGGGGACUCAGAUCACGCUCCUUGUGUAGUGGACUUUGAGGUGGCUUCAGAGAUAAGAAAUUCAAGCUUCAAGUAUUUCUCUUUCCUAUCUACCCAUCCAAGGUUCAUAGGCGAUAUACAAACAGCUUGGAGCGAGAACAUUAUGAUGGGUUCAAAGAUGUUCUCUCUUAAACAAAGAUUGAAAGCAGUGAAGAAGGCCUGCCGAGAGAUUAAUAGAGUGGGGUUUGCAAAUAUUCAACAGAGAGCGAAAGAUGCUAUGAUGAAUCUAAAGAGAGUGCAGGAAAAUCUGAUGACUGCACCUAGAGAUUCAUUAUUCCGAGAAGAAUUUGUGGCAAGAAAGAAAUGA